CCCGGACCCCGUGACGGCCCCGUCCCGCCCCGGCAGGCGGGAGCGCGGGCAGCGCUCGGUCCCGCUCGGAGGCGCGGAGCAGCGGCCAUGGGCUCGGUGCAGCUCCCGCCGCCCCCGCCGCCUGCGGAGUGUGAGCGGGAAGCGGGGGCGGCGGCCGCCCGGCACCGGCGGCGCCCGGAGGAGCAGGUCCACCAAGAACAAAGGACCCACACCACGGAACCUGUGAUAGAUGACUAUAAAAAGAUGGGGACUCUCUUUGGAGAGCUAAACAAAAGCCUUAUCAGAAUAGGCUUCACAAGGAUGUACUUUGGAGAACGGAUAGUAGAACCUGUAAUAAUUAUAUUCUUCUGGGUUAUGCUCUGGUUUCUUGGCCUACAGGCUCUUGGACUGGUGGCUGUUCUGUGCCUUGUCAUUAUUUAUGUACAACAGUAAAAUUUUAUAGAUACUAUUUGUAUUAUGUAUUUCAGCACUGUCACUAUGUCAGUGGAUUUAUGCAUUUGAGUAAAUGGGUGGUAUGUCAAAAGCUGCGAUGCUUCAAAUUGCUAAACUUCCGAUGAAGGGGACGAAAAUUACCUUUUAAGCCAAAUCAGCAGUGCCCGACUACAUCUUUUAGAGAGAAGAAAGGAGAUGUUUAUAAUAUAAUUGUGUGAAAUGUACUGUUUUCUGGGCUCUUGGGGCCUUUCAGAAGGACUGGCUUUUCAUGUUCCCCUCCCUUCUCCCCAUGUUCAUGCUUUGUAUAGUGAAAAUUUCAUGUCUGGUUUUAAGAGGACACUUGAUGUGAGUGCUCUGUUUCACUGCUGGGGGGGGCUUGUGUGCUGUUUGUUCCCUGAAUCUGCAUAAUUUGUUAGUGUUUUUCUGGAAAGCUAAGUCUGCACAAGGGAGACCUGCAAUGACAAACAUUUGUAAGAUGAAUACAAUUUCCAGACACAAAAGCAACUUUGGUUAGUGUAGUUUAUAGUAAGCUCUCCCCCAGGAAACAAGCUGUACCAGCAAAAUGCCCUUAUACUAAUGUUAGUGACUACACACAAGACUUCAGCUGUUGUUUAGGAGAAGUUUCAGUCCUACAUUAGCCAAGUGGUCUAAUGUUGCACUGCCUUGUUUUUUGGAAAUGUACGCAGCUCCUGCUGCUAUUUUUCUUUCUUUAUUCUUUGUACUUGCUCUUUCCCCCAGCCCUCCUUCUUAAGAUAAAUAUUUGGAUAAUUCAUGGAGUUUGUAGGUAGUUCCAGCUGCAGUGUUGGACACUUGCCAUUCCAGACAGCAGUGCUAGAAUGUUGUCUGCUUCUUCUGGGUGGUGUGAGAAGUGGCUGAACAACCAGAUACCAGACCAGAUUUCUCAAUGCUUCCCACAUUUGCUGCACUGUGGGCCCACACAAGCUAAAGCUUUGUGCACCUAAGCAAACUGCACCUGUUUCCUUCAUACGAGACAAGAAUGGAGUUGAAACCACGUGGUCAUCUUACUUAGUAGUUUUAACUGGCUCCUUUCCAUACUAGGCAGCAAAAAUUCCUGCCUGUAGGUGUAUGUCAUGGGCCACACAACCUAGAUAUAGAUAUAUAGAUUCAGGAGUGGCUGCAAAAUUCACUCAGCUCCCCAGUAGCCACCUCAGCGGGUAUGCUGGUUAUUUCAAAGUUCUCUUCUUCUCAUGAAGAGAAACAGAAAAAUGGGCCAGAAUCUUUACUACUUCUACUUUAUUACUACUACUAAAUAGGCUACCAAUUUAAUAUUUGUUGUACAUUACUUUUAGCAAGAAACUUAAUUGCAGAAUUGGCUUCAUCUGUGGUGGAGUGAAAUUGCUUAACCUUUUGCAGUGACUUUUUACCUAAAUGUUUUUACAACAAUAAAUUAGUUGAAGAUGCUGUCUUAUUCAAAGACUUUUAAAGUUAAGGGAGGGUUCUCUAUAGUCCCAGUCCUGCAACUGGAUUCUCAAGUCCAGCUUUAUGCAUGGAUCAUUUUGUCUGUUAGGCUCUGUUUCCAGGACUCCUGGCUCCAGUUCUUAGAGACUUUCCUGUUAGGUAAAUAAUUGUUAUUUAUGGCAGUGAACAUGAAAGCCCAGCUCCUCUAGAGUCUUUUGUACUGAAGUGCCAUCUCUAGAUGUCUCUGUGCUUUUCUCAUGACCAAGUAGUAUCCUUCUGGGGAGACAGGUCACCUCUCUGGAUCUUCAGAUGACUCUCAUGUGGAUUCAAGAGGCUCUGCUGAACCAGCAGGACUAAGGGCACUGGAACUGAGGCCCAGCUGUGUAGUUAGAUGGCAACCUGUGUUGACUGGCACCUGGUUAAAUAGUUAUGCUGGUGGCAGGGAAACAUUGGUGUUUCUGGUACAGAGGGUUUUAUUGUUCAAAACUUGAAGUCUCAAAGCAAACAGCAAGUACAGGCUGAACUCAGAGCCAGGAGUCUAUACUCAAAAGUGCCUAGGGUUAAGCUUUGGGAUUUUUUCAAGUCCCCUAGAAGGAGAACAUCUGUUUACAUCUUUGUGUAUUUGUAUAGAUAAAAUGAUGGGGUUAUGUGUAUUCUCCUCCUGUAUAAGGGCUGUGUUACAAAAGCACUCUGUUGUUAAAAGUUAAAAAUAAAAAAAAAUCCUUUCUUUCUUCCCACAAUACAGUUACUGUACAAAGGAUCUCAUCUAAUUCCUUUCAUUCCGAAGGAAAAAGUGUGUCUGUGAUACCCUUGUUGCAGUAGUUCUCUUGAGUAAAGAUGCUGUGCUGUGAGAUGGCAUGUGGUAUUUCCUUGAAGUGCCAUUUUGCUCUGUACAUAAGGAAGAGGGAACAGUGAACCACGGGUGUGACCAACAACUUCAGUGAGGAUGUUGUUUAUAUGUUUAUAUGCAUGUGACCUUUCAGUAUGAGCAGAACUGUGAUUGUUGCACUCAUUAAUUCUGUUCAAUUGUUUGUUUGAUGUUCUUGUUUGUUUACAUGUACUCUGGGGAAAGGUAGGGUAGCUUUGGGACUGAGAUUGUGUUUAGUAAAUGUCUUAGGUGGUUUCUCUUAAGGGUAACUAUAUCUUGUUCUUUAUAGAAGUUUUGCAUUUUUAAAAACCUGAAAAAAUAGUGCUAGUGGUGUAAGGUUGGCUGAAAAUGGAAAAAGAAGAAUACAUUGCAUGGACAAUCCCACCCUCCUGUUUGGUUUCAUACAUUCCCUUGUAUGUAACAAUUUGUACUGAAGUGUCUGUCCUAAUUUUGUGCUAUUACUAUACUAUCUGCUUCUCAUUUGCAGGGAGGGCAGGAGGAGGAAAAAGGGGAACUGGGAUAGAAUCAGACAUAAAGAGUGGAAAGUGAAAUGCGGUGAAAUGAUGCAUAGGUGUCCAAAGAAAUCUGAUCAUAAACGUGUACCAAAAAUAGGAGGAAGUGGGUGAAGUCCUUGCUUGUGUUCUUUAUUCCAUCCAGACAUAGUAGGAAAGCAAAGGAAUCACCAAAUGUUAAAAGGAUGUCCCUAGCUAAAAAAGCAGGAGGUUAAUUUUUUAAAAGAAAAAAAAAAAAAAAAGACAAUUUCACUGUUGUCUAUAUAUAGUAAAAACUGAUAAUGUUGUUUAUGCUGUUAUAUAUUCUUGUUAUUGAUAGAACUGAAAGCACCUUUAUGCAUCUGUGUGUAAGACUGUAUGAAAGAGUUAUGUCCCUUAAAUCUGUGUUAACAACAAACAGUAUAAUUCCUGUUGGUCAGCGUGACAUUGCAAGUGUUUUACAUAAGCUCCAUUUUUAAAAGGAUGGACUCUUCAGCACUGUUUCAUACCUGCCAAAUGCCUAAAUGGUUGAAAUAGUGUGUACAGAGAAGCUCUGCAGGAGAAUCUUGGAGAACCCUGUUUGCACUGAAACAUCAUCACAGCAAAACUGUCCAUAUAAAAAGGAAAAAUCACAUUUCUUAAAAACUCUGUAUUAAUCCUAUGGAAAGCACUUUGUUACUCUUUCUAAUAAAAAAUAUUGCCAUCAAUUACA